UGCUCUGAGUGCCGGGACUAUGUGUAUGAGUACUGUGCAAUACAUGGGCCGUUGCUAGUUAUACCCGAUGACAAGGGGCGGGGAUAGGCGUGUUCAGUACGCUGACGCUGCCCAGCGGCGUGCGCUUCGGGCCCUACCGCGGCCGCCGCCUCAAGACCUCGCUCGACUCCGGCUACGAGUGGCAGGUGUACGACCGCAACAACAAGCCUUGCCACGUGGUGGACGCGAGCGACGGCGACCACUCCAACUGGAUGCGCUACGUGAACUGCUCGCGGCGCUCCUCCGAGCAGAACCUGCUCGCCUUCCAGUACCAGGGCGAGCUCUACUACAGGCGAAUGUUAAUCCCUGUAGGACGGUGAAGAUCGUGCCGCGCUUCACGGAGCUGCUGGUGUUCUGCGGCAGCGAGUUCGCCGCCCGGCUCGGCGUCGACCUGCGCCGCUACACCAAGCCCUGCGACUGCAAACACUGUCGAGCUAAACUUGGUGCCAAAAAAGAACCAGAGAAAAUAAACAAAGGAACAACGUCUAAUGAAAAGAAGAAUGAAACAAAAAUUAAGGAUGAUAGUUCAGCUCAAGCUAAACUUGUCACCGAAAAAGAACCUGCGAAGACUAACAACCGUAAAACACGUAAUGCAAAGAAAAAAGAAACAGAAAUUAAGGAUGUUAGUUCAGCUCAAGGCAAACUUGUCACCAAAAAAGGACCUGCGAAAACAAACAAACGUAAAAUGCGCAAUGAAGAUAAGAACGAAACACAGAUAAAGGAUAAUGUCACAAAAGGUAGUCAAGUCGAAAAGCUACAGGAGCCUUCUUCGUCUCAAGCGGAAUCACCAAUGAACAUGGAUGUACAAGAGAUUCCUCCUACAAGACCUGCUGCUGAUGGAUCUAACACAACGGUAUCGAAUGCGAAUAACUACAAAUGCGACCAGUGUGGCAAAACAUUCGAUGUAAAGUCACACUUAGAGAAACACCUACAGUCUCACAUUGCACUAAAAAAGGCUAAAACCAGCACAGGGAAGGAAUUCACGUGUAAUAAAUGCAGUAGCACAUUUGAUACUCGGCUGCUUCUACUGGAGCAUGCGAAGAGCCGGCAUGGCGUGGAGUACUUCACUUGCUCUGCAUGUGAGUAUGCAACUAGUCAUAAAGGAUAUCUACAGACACAUCUGAGGACUCAUACUGGCGUGCGGCCAUUCAAAUGUGAUCAAUGUAGCGCGGCCUUUACCCAAAGCAGUGAUUUACAAAAUCACAAGAGAAUACACACAGGUGAGAAACCGUUCAAAUGUGGCCAGUGUAAUGCCGCCUUUACCCAAAGCGGUCAUUUACAAAGUCACAAGAGAACACACACGGUAGACAAACCGUUCAAGUGUGGACAGUGUAAUUCCGCCUUUGCCCAAAGCAGUGCUUUACAAAUUCACAAGAGGACACACACAGGAGAUAAACCGUUCAAAUGUGGCCAGUGUAAUGCCGCCUUUACCCAAAGCGGUCAUUUACAAAUUCACAAGAGAACACACACGGGUGAGAAACCGUUCAAAUGUGACCAGUGUAAUGCCACCUUUACCCAAAGCGGUCAUUUACAAAGUCACACGAGAACACACACAGGAGAUAAACCGUUCAAAUGUGGCCAGUGUAAUGCCGCCUUUACCCAAAGCGGUCAUUUACAAAGUCACAAGAGAACACACACGGGAGACAAACCGUUCAAGUGUGGACAGUGUAAUUCCGCCUUUGCCCAAAGCAGUGCUUUACAAAUUCACAAGAGGACACACACAGGAGAUAAACCGUUCAAAUGUGGCCAGUGUAAUGCCGCCUUUACCCAAAGCGGUCAUUUACAAAUUCACAAGAGAACACACACGGGUGAGAAACCGUUCAAAUGUGGCCAGUGUAAUGCCACCUUUACCCAAAGCGGUCAUUUACAAAGUCACACGAGAACACACACAGGAGAUAAACCGUUCAAAUGUGGACAGUGUAAUACCGCCUUUACCCGAAGCGGUACUUUACAAAGUCACGAGAGAACGCAUACUGGCCAGAAACCCUUUGAGUGCAAUAUCUGUGACUACAGGGCUAGUCGGUCAAGUCAUCUAAAGAGACAUCUAAUGGGCCGGCACUCGGGCCUAAAGCCGUACGGCUGCGAGUCGUGCACUUACAGGGGUGCUACUAGAAAUCAUUUAACAAACCAUAUGAGAACCCAUCGUAAGCCGGCUUAA